CUCCUACCAGGGGAACUGGAGGCCUGCACCUAGAAAGCAGGAUGAAAAGAUGGCAAACUUCUUGUUACCUCGGGGCGCCAACAGCUUCCGCCGGUUCACUCGCGAAUCUCUGGCAGCCAUUGAGAAGCAGAUCGCAGAGAAGCAGGCCCGGAGCGUCACGCAGGAGAGCCGAGAGACCCCGACCGAGGAGGAGAAGCCGCGGCCCCAGCUGGACCUGCAGGCGUCCAAGAAGCUGCCCGACCUCUAUGGCAAUCCGCCUCGGGACCUCAUCGGGGAGCCCCUGGAGGACUUGGACCCUUUCUACAGCACCCAAAAGACCUUCAUCGUACUGAACAAAGGGAAAACCAUCUUCCGAUUUAGUGCCACAAAUGCCUUGUACAUCCUCAGCCCCUUCCACCCCAUCCGGAGAGCAGCAGUAAAAAUUUUGGUUCAUUCUCUGUUCAGUAUGUUUAUCAUGUGUACCAUUUUAACCAACUGUGUGUUCAUGGCACAACAUGAGCCCCCGCCGUGGACCAAGUAUGUUGAGUACACUUUUACCGCCAUUUAUACCUUUGAGUCAUUGGUAAAAAUACUAGCGCGAGGAUUUUGUCUAAACGCAUUCACCUUUCUCCGCGAUCCAUGGAACUGGCUCGAUUUCAGCGUGAUUGUCAUGGCAUACACCACUGAAUUUGUGGACCUGGGCAAUGUCUCAGCCUUACGAACCUUCCGCGUUCUCCGGGCCCUGAAAACUAUAUCGGUCAUUUCAGGCCUGAAGACCAUCGUGGGGGCCCUGAUCCAGUCAGUAAAGAAGCUCGCUGACGUGAUGGUCCUCACUGUGUUCUGCCUGAGCGUCUUUGCUCUCAUAGGGCUCCAGCUUUUCAUGGGCAAUUUGCGGAACAAAUGUGUGCGGGACUUUGUGGUCCUGAAUGGGACCAAUGGCACUGUGGUGUCCGAGGGGCAAAUCUGGGAGUCGGUAGAGGAGUACAUCAGCAGCCCAGAAAACUAUUUGUUGAAGAACGGAACCUCAGACGUGUUGCUCUGUGGGAACAGCUCAGAUGCUGGGACAUGUCCAGAGGGUUACCGCUGCCUGAAGGCUGGAGAAAACCCCGACUACGGCUACACCAGCUUUGACUCUUUUGGCUGGGCCUUCCUCGCGCUCUUCCGCCUGAUGACCCAAGACUGCUGGGAGCGUCUCUACCAGCAGACGCUGAGAUCUGCCGGGAAGAUCUACAUGAUCUUCUUCAUGCUGGUCAUCUUUCUGGGCUCCUUCUACCUGGUGAACCUGAUCCUAGCUGUGGUGGCCAUGGCCUACGAGGAGCAGAAUCAGGCCACUAUUGCUGAGACCGAGGAGAAGGAGAAGCGCUUCCAGGAGGCCAUGGAGAUGCUUAAGAAGGAGCAUGAGGCUCUGACAGCCAGGGGCAUGGACACUGUGUCCAGGAGUUCCUUUGAGAUGUCUCCCCUUGCCCCAAAGACAGCACCAGACAGGAGGAGUAGGAGGAGAACGAGGCAAUCCUCAGGGACAGAUGACUGUGGGGAGGACAGAUUUCCCAAGUCGGACUCAGAUGAUGGCCCUCGGAGAAUGACCCUUCUGGGAAUCAACCACAGGAAUUCCCUGAAACGCCGAUCCAGCCACGGCAGCGUCUUCACCUUCCGCCGAAGAGACCUGGGCUCGGAGACCGACUUCGCGGACGAUGAGAUCAGCACUCCCGGGGAGAGCGAGAGCCACCGGGCAUCCCUCCUGGUGCCCUGGCCCGCCCGGCGGCCCAGUGCCCAGAGCCAGUCCAGCCCGGGUGUCCCCACUGCCCCCAAUCUCAUCCACAAUGGCAAAAGAAACAGCGCAGUGGACUGCAACGGUGUGGUCUCCCUCCUGGCCAUGGGGGUCCCGGAGGCCACGUCCCCGGGGGGCGGCUUGCUGUCUCCUGUGAUUCUGGAGAAGCCCCGACCCCCAGACACGACCUCUGUGUCAGAAGAAGUCAGUAAGAAGCAGCUCCUGAUACCCCAGCGCCUGUCCCUGGAGUACUUUGAGGAGCCGCACGAGCGGCAGCGGGCCUUGAGCGCCGUCAGUGUCAUCACCAGCGCCCUGGAAGAGCUGGAGGAGUCCCACCGAAAGUGCCCUCCCUGCUGGAAUCGCUUUGCUCAGAACUAUCUGAUCUGGGAGUGCUGCCCGCUGUGGCUGGCCAUCAAGAAGAACGUCAAGUUUGUCGUGAUGGACCCUUUCACCGACCUCACCAUCACCAUCUGCAUCGUGCUCAACACCCUGUUCAUGGCGCUCGAGCAUUACAACAUGACUCCCGAUUUCGAGGAAAUGCUGCAGGUUGGCAACCUGGUGUUCACUGGCAUCUUCACGGCAGAAAUGACCUUCAAGAUCAUUGCCCUGGACCCCUACUACUACUUCCAGCAGGGCUGGAACAUCUUCGACAGCAUCAUUGUCAUCCUGAGCCUCAUGGAGUUGGGCCUGUCCCGCAUGGGGAAUCUGUCAGUGCUGCGCUCCUUCCGGCUGCUGAGGGUCUUCAAACUGGCCAAGUCCUGGCCCACCCUGAACACGCUCAUCAAGAUCAUCGGCAACUCGGUGGGGGCGCUGGGGAACCUGACUCUGGUGCUGGCCAUCAUUGUCUUCAUCUUCGCCGUGGUGGGCAUGCAGCUGUUCGGGAAGAACUACUCGGAGCUGAGGCACCGCAUCAGCGACUCGGGCCUGCUGCCCCGCUGGCACAUGAUGGACUUCUUCCACGCCUUCCUCAUCAUCUUCCGCAUCCUGUGCGGGGAGUGGAUCGAGACCAUGUGGGCCUGCAUGGAGGUGUCCGGGCAGUCCCUGUGCCUGCUCGUCUUCCUGCUCGUCAUGGUCAUCGGCAACCUGGUGGUCCUGAAUCUCUUCCUGGCCUUGCUGCUCAGCUCCUUCAGCGCAGACAACCUGACGGCCCCAGAUGAGGAUGGGGAGAUGAAUAAUCUCCAGCUGGCCCUGGCCCGGAUUCAAAGGGGCCUUCGCUUUGUCAAGCGCACCACCUGGGACUUCUGCUGCAGCCUGCUCAAACGGCCCCGUGACAUGGCCACCAGGAAGAAAGCCACAGGCCCGCCAGCCGUGCCCCCGGCCCCCAGUGGCCUGCCCAGCUGCGUGGCUGGCCACGGCUCCACAGAGCUGGAGAAGGUGCCCGAGACUGCCCGCAAGGAGACAAGGUUUGAUGAGACGAAACCAGGCAACCCAAACUCCAGGGGUGCAGGCAAGGAACCAGGAGAGUUCCCCGGGGACCCAGAGUCAUCUGUGCACGUGCCCAUUGCUGUAGCCGAGUCAGAUAUUGAGGAUCAUGAGGAGGAUGAGGAUAACAGUCUCUGCACCGAGAUGGAGUCCAGCAAACAGCAGAGACACGACGAUGACACGUACUCCGAGGGCAGCACGGCAGACAUGACCAACACCGCCGACCUCCUGGAGAAGAUCGCCGACCUCGGGGAGGAUGUGAAGGACCCUGAGGAUUGCUUCACCGAAGGAUGCGUCCGGCGCUGUCCCUGCUGCACGGUGGACACGACACAGUUCCCCGGCAGGGUCUGGUGGAGGCUCCGGAAAACCUGCUACCGCAUCGUGGAGCACAGCUGGUUCGAGACCUUCAUCAUCUUCAUGAUUUUGCUGAGCAGCGGAGCCCUGGCCUUUGAAGACAUCUACCUAGAGGAGCGCAAGACCAUCAAAGUCCUUCUGGAGUACGCCGACAAGAUGUUCACGUACAUCUUCGUGCUGGAGAUGCUGCUCAAGUGGGUGGCCUACGGCUUCAAGAAGUACUUCACCAACGCUUGGUGCUGGCUGGACUUCCUCAUCGUGGACGUCUCCCUGAUUAGCCUCGUGGCAAAUACUCUAGGCUUUGCGGAAAUGGGUCCCAUCAAGUCUCUGCGGACGCUGCGUGCUCUGAGGCCCCUGAGAGCCCUGUCCCGAUUUGAAGGCAUGAGGGUUGUGGUGAAUGCCCUGGUCGGGGCCAUCCCCUCCAUCAUGAACGUCCUGCUCGUCUGCCUCAUCUUCUGGCUCAUCUUCAGCAUCAUGGGGGUGAACCUCUUUGCGGGCAAGUUUGGGAGGUGCAUCAACCAAACGGAGGGCGACUUGCCCUUGAACCACACCUUUGUGAACAACAAGAGUGAGUGUGAGCUGCACAACAGCACCGGGGAACUGUACUGGAUCAAGGUGAAAGUCAACUUUGACAACGUGGGAGCCGGGUACUUGGCCCUGCUGCAAGUGGCCACAUUUAAAGGCUGGACGGACAUCAUGUACGCCGCUGUGGACUCCAGGGGGUGCGAAGAACAGCCUCAGUGGGAAUACAACCUGUACAUGUACCUCUACUUUGUGAUUUUCAUCAUCUUUGGAUCUUUCUUCACCCUGAACCUCUUUAUUGGUGUUAUCAUUGACAACUUCAACCAACAAAAGAAAAAGUUAGGAGGACAAGAUAUCUUCAUGACCGAGGAACAGAAGAAGUAUUACAAUGCAAUGAAAAAGCUGGGUUCCAAGAAGCCCCAAAAACCAAUCCCACGGCCCUUGAACAAGUACCAAGGCUUCCUCUUUGACAUCGUCACCAAGCAGGCCUUCGAUGUCACCAUCAUGUUCCUCAUCUGCCUGAACAUGGUGACCAUGAUGGUGGAGACGGACGACCAGAGCCCAGAAAAGAUCAGCAUCCUGGCCAAGAUCAACCUGCUCUUUGUGGGCAUCUUCACGGGAGAGUGUGUCAUCAAGGUCAUCGCCCUGCGCCAUUACUACUUUACCAACAGCUGGAACAUCUUCGACUUUGUGGUCGUGAUCCUUUCCAUCGUGGGAACCGUCCUCUCGGACAUCAUCCAGAAGUACUUCUUUUCCCCGACGCUGUUCAGAGUCAUCCGCCUGGCCCGCAUCGGCCGCAUCCUGCGGCUGAUCCGAGGGGCCAAGGGGAUCCGCACGCUGCUCUUCGCCCUCAUGAUGUCCCUCCCCGCCCUCUUCAACAUCGGCCUGCUGCUCUUCCUGGUCAUGUUCAUCUACUCCAUCUUCGGCAUGGCCAACUUUGCCUACGUCAAGUGGGAGGCCGGCAUCGACGACAUGUUCAACUUCCAGACGUUCGCCAACAGCAUGCUCUGCCUCUUCCAGAUCACCACGUCGGCCGGCUGGGACGGGCUGCUCAGCCCCAUCCUCAACACGGGGCCCCCGUACUGCGACCCCAACCUGCCCAACACCAACAACUCCCGUGGGAACUGCGGGAGCCCGGCCGUGGGCAUCCUCUUCUUCGUCACCUACAUCAUCAUCUCCUUCCUCAUCGUGGUCAACAUGUACAUCGCCAUCAUCCUGGAGAACUUCAGCGUGGCCACCGAGGAGAGCACGGAGCCGCUGAGCGAGGACGACUUCGACAUGUUCUACGAGAUCUGGGAGAAGUUCGACCCGGAGGCCACGCAGUUCAUCGAGUACUCGGCCCUGUCGGACUUCGCCGACGCCCUCUCCGACCCCCUGCGCAUCGCCAAGCCCAACCAGAUCAGCCUCAUCAACAUGGACCUGCCCAUGGUCAGCGGGGACCGCAUCCACUGCAUGGACAUCCUCUUCGCCUUCACCAAGCGGGUCCUGGGCGAGUCGGGGGAGAUGGACGCGCUGAAGAUCCAGAUGGAGGAGAAGUUCAUGGCCGCCAACCCGUCCAAGAUCUCCUACGAGCCCAUCACCACCACGCUGCGGCGCAAGCACGAGGAGGUGUCGGCCGUGGUCAUCCAGCGCGCCUUCCGCAGGCACCUGCUGCAGCGCUCCCUCAAGCACGCCUCCUUCCUCUACCGCCAGCAGACCAGCGACGGCACGCUGUCCGGCGACGACGCCCCGGAGCACGAGGGCCUCAUCGCCUACAUGAUGAACGCGAACUUUUCCCGGCGCUCAGGGCCCCCGGACUCCGUGUCCUCCACGUCCCUGCCGCCGUCCUACGACAGCGUCACCAGGGCCACGAGCGACAACAUCCAGGCGCGGAUGUCCGAGUACAGCCAGACCGACGACUUCGUGGACUACCCCACGUCCCCGGACAGGGACCGGGAGUCCAUCGUGUGAGACCCCCCUCUCCACAGCCCUACCUCCCUGCCCACACAGCUGGGAAAAAGCUAACACAAUCCUCUCCUGCCAUGACAAUCAACCGAGGCACCUUCUUCCCGAGUGUUUGUGACAAAACCCACUCCUGCAGACUUGGGCUCCAGGGAUGAGCGACAGAUGCCCUUGGACCCCACUCCCCAACCUGCCCCCCGGGGAUGUGGCUGCGCAAGCACAGGGGGUCUGGGGCAGGGCCAACCCCAUGGGCGAGCAGGGGCAGCUCACACCCACACUCCAGGCACGUGAAGGGGAUCCCGUCCCACAGACUCUCUCCCCUACGGAUGUCAGGCUAAGGACACCCCGUCCCACACCUUGGGGUUUUUUCCUAACAUCUCCAUAUUUUAUUUUAUUAUUUUUAAAAUUUUCUG